AUGAACAAAGAAGUGGGCGCAUUAAUCUCUUUGCAACCCAACGCUUCAAAGAUUGUUAAUGGCUGGAACAUGCAACCAUUUCUGGCAGAAAAGAAACCAAUGGUCGACGAAGCCUUCCGCCUUCUCAAUGUAGAGGGCAAGUUGCAGGUCGAGAUGAAACUCAACACCUCGCAGUUUGGUGCCGAUAGAAUGCUAUACCAUCGCCAGGAUCUUCAUGAUGCUCUUCGCCAAGCAGCUGUGUCGGAGGAUGUGCCCGGCUCCCCUGCAGUCAUUCGUACAUCCUCUGGUGUAACUGGCUGCGAUUGUGGAUCUGGAACUGUUUUCCUUAGUAACGGAACCUCAGUCCAGGGCGAUAUCAUUGUCGGGGCAGAUGGCAUCCGCAGUGCAAUCAGAGACGAAGUCAUCAAAGGCUCUGCAAGCGAAGGAUCAAAAGCCAUCCCCACUGGCCUCUCCGCCUACCGCAUCCUCGUUGACACAGACAAACUGCCAAAACUGGACGUCGCAGAAAACAUAUUCGACCUCAAGCGCUCAGCAACAACCAUGAUAGUCGGUCACGACAGACGAGUCAUCAUGGGUCCCGGUAGAGGAGGCGAGAUGUUCGGCCUUGUCUGCCUUGUCCCAGAUCCCAACCCCAACGAAGAAGGCACAUCAUGGAACAAUGCCGCACCCCUACAAGAAGUGCUCGACGCGUUCAAAGCGUUCCCUGCUUGGAUACGUGAGAUCAUGUCUCAUGCCCCUGACGUGGCGCUCUGGCAACUCCGAGACAUCGACCCAUUGACUACAUGGACAAAGGGCCGCGCCAUCCUCAUUGGCGAUGCAGCUCACGCAAUGUUACCCACUCAAGGUCAAGGCGCGAGUCAAAGUAUCGAAGACGCCGAAGCAUUGCAAGCCUUCCUGGCAGACAACACCUCGAAGUCAUCUGGCGAUGAGAUUCACGAACAGCUUCUGGCAAUCGUGAAUGCGAGAUACGAGCGUGCAUCGUUGAUCCAGGCAUACAGCAGACUGCAAGCAAAGCCCGCUGCAUCACAGGACAACAAGACGGUUCAGCUUAAUCCGCAGGAGUUUAUGCAGUACAAUUGCAAUUACUCAGGCGCGAAGGACUGGGUCAAGAGACAGCGCGAGGCUGAGGAGGUGGCGUACAAGCAGACUGCAGCUAGAGCUUGA